AUGGCCGAGCCAACGUCUCCUCAUUACGUCGCAGUGGCCCUAACCCCAGCGGAUGUUACAGCCCUACUAUGCCCCCGUUUCCGCAUCAAUGUAGGCCAAAUACCAACACCAGAUCCCGUCUGCGUUGCCUGCGAGCCUAUCCCAGUGGGGUGGAACAACAAGUACUUCCGAGUCUCUGUCGUGAGCGUCCCUGGUGCCAACUGCGGCGGCGAUCAAACCAUCGCUUCUUUCACAACGACGUACAUCUUGCGGAUCAUCAACGAGGUUGCCGCCUUACGCUACGUCGCUACAGCGAUCAAAAACCGCCCCGUACCAACGGUCGUGGCAUAUCAGGUCGUCGAUCCACUAAAACUUGAAACUGGCGAAUUCCAUUGGAUGCUAGUGACAGAGAUGCCCAUGGACAACCUGCAAGACGCGUGGCCAACCCUCACGCAACAGCAAAAAGAGGCCGUGGUCGACCAGCUGGCACGCAUCGUCUGCGAGAUGCGCAAAUGUACGUUUGACCGCAUUGGGGGCUGGACCCUCACCAGUGGCGGCGACGGGGAGGGAACAGAAGCGCUACCUGCCAUCGGCCCAUACUGGACCGGUCCACUCGCAUCUGUCCCACGCAAUGAUAGCGGUGACUUUCCAAACCUUAACCAGCGGUGGAACCGUGGUCCACAUGCCACCGCCACCGAUUACUACAUGGCCGCCUUCGACGCGGCGUCAGCUUGCCUCCUCCCCGUCCAUCCGGCCCUGCACGACCGGAUCAUCACAGCCCGCGCUUCUCUUGUCCGGCUUCUCGGCAGCCUAUACCAGAGCCCCCCACGCGUCCCCGGGAAAAUUGCCAUUACGGCGCUGCUGGACUGGGAGUGGAGCGGAGCGUUCCCGGCGCCGCGCGAAUGGGCGUGUGGAAUGCUGCUUCUCGAAGGCCAUGAGGAGGACAAUACUUGGAGCGUGCGGCGAUUUCGAGAGCGGGUUCAGGACGCGCCGCUGGCAGAGGACGUUCGGACAAAGUAUGAGGCGAUCGAGCAUGCUUUGGACGCGAUGGAGCUGUGGCAUGAUGAUCGAAAGGACGGGUUUGUGCGGAAAGUGCAGCAGAAGAUGGAUGCGAUUGUGUCGUUGGCGGCGGGUGCAUCUGAAUAUAUGGGGAAUGGUGGAGACGGCAAGUCUUCUGCAACAUAUUUAGAGUCAUUCACAUUAUAA